ACUCUUUAGGAAGACUUUACCGAAUUCCUCGCUUGUUUAUUUGUACCGCUACAUAUUCAGUGACUCUUGCCUUUAUUUGAAGGAGCCGUUAGUUUAAGGUUGGAUGAUAAAUGUUGUACUUUAGCUUAUCGCCAUCUUUGGAAUUUGUCAAGGCAUGUUUCCUCCCCGAUGGUUUUCAUAGUGAAGAGGUCACCAUGGCAACCAUGCCUCAGGGUGGUGAUGAGGAACAACGGAAACCAGGCCCCAGUGAGCGCCUCAGGGAUUGGUCCAAAGAUCUGACAGAAGAAGUUAAAGCGAGGCUGGAUGGUACACUCAAAGAGUUUCUGCAGAACUACAAACACAGAGAGGAGGACGAGAGCAACAAAGAUUUGGCUGAAAAGUGCUGCCAUCACGCCAGGAUUUGUUGUUAUGGAGUUUUGAAGAAGAUGUCUGAGAUGAAGAGACUCAAUGACAACUCAGGACUUUUGUCAGAUGAUUUCCUCCACCGUUCUCUGGUGGCCUGUUAUCUGGAGGUCCACAUAACCUCAAACAACUUACCAUGUGAUUUCACCCGGCUGCUUCACAUCCUCCGGCUGACACCAUACCACCUGAUAAAGGUGAUUGGGCUUGUGAUGAAACUAGAUCAGCACUAUAAUGUCUCCAAACACCUCUCUCAAGCAACACGACAAAUUUUGGAGCGCUUGGCCUGGACCAGCGACUCCCCGCUAUGGGAGAAAAUCCAAGCUAACGGAGGCCGUUUUCCUCUCAUCCAGCAGGUGAUGUCACAAAGUUUCCUUGAAAGUUCUCAAAGUGUAGACUCAGACUGUCACCAGCCACAAGAUCAUGUCAGUUUUGAGAUGUAUUUUUCCUCCAAUGACAACGGAGAGCACCCUCCAGCUGUAAACAAACUGGAGAGAAACAACUCCCUGCAUCAGUUUUCUCGCAUGGUUUACGCCCUGGCAGCAGCACGUCUGGAGGACCUGUGCUGCAGCCUAAAGCUCUCUGAAGAUCAGAGGGGGACGAUCUGGACGUGUUUUGAGAACUCGCUGGUUCAGUACCCUCGCCUCAUGGAGAACCAUCAUCUGGAUCAGCUGCUCUUCUCUUCCAUCUUCAUCACAGCUCAGGUUACACAGAUCAAAUUAUCUGUCAGCGACAUCAUGGAAGCGUACAGCUCUCUGCCGUACUCCACAGAAAGUAUCUGCAAAGAAAUGCUGAUCACAGAUUCCGUCUUGGAGAAUCAGCUAACAGGUGACCUGUUGACCCCGAGCUCUCCCAGGGAGGAGGAAAGAGGGAGCUUUGUCAGUUUUUACCGAGCCUACAGCAGCAAAAUGCAGAAUUUUGCUAAACAGUUCAACCUGGCGUGUGGGGGGGACACUCCGCCGUCGUCUCCGUACCCCAAACGGCAGAAGGAUUUCUCCUUAAGGUACCGCGUUCCCAACACCAACCUCUUCAUCUCACGGCUGAACAAAGACAGCCCGUCUCUGCCGACGCCCACUCACACCUUCAUGUUCGGCUCCAGCCCCGCUGAGAGUAUUUGUAAAAUUAACAAAGUCGGAGCAAAAGUUCCAGUCAAAGGACGUGCUCUGUCGUUCAAAGAGGAGGAUGAGGAGGAUGAGCCGCCGGCUAAGAGGCGACAGACGGACGCUCAGUCCGUUCUGCACCAUCGUCUGACUGAAGUGAUCGAGGAUCGGUCCAAAGUUCUGAACCACGUCCGAGUGUGACCGUCUCACUGUUUUUAAAACACUCAAACGAUGCAAUAAUUCUGAAACCAAAACCUUGUUUUACACAAAUCAGUGUUGAUAUAUAUAUAUAUAUUUAGAUUUUUGUCCUGAAUCGUCAUGGUAACCUGCAGAACGAUCCAACCAGGAAACUUCACUCCAAAUAAAGAAAAGAGAAAAGCUGUCAGAAUGGAUCCAUUUUCACUUAUGGAUUUUAGAAAAGUACGUCUUUAUGAGCGAGCAGUGAACAUUAAAGUCGAAUAAGCUGGAGAUGUUUUUGAUUAUGUGUUGAUCUGGUAAAACUCCAGCAUCACUUUAAAGGAUUCCUCAUGAAUGGAACUUAAAAAGAAAAUGUUUUUUUUUUUUUUGAAGAGUUUUAAAAGAACUGAAGUGCACUUUCCAGGAGAAAGAAGAGAAGUUCUAGUAUUAAAGAAUGUAUGAAAACUCCUUUUUUUCUGAUCUGACUGAGACUUUUUGUGUCUCCAUCCACAAACAGAAAAUCAACGCAGAUUCAACCAAAUUCUUUAAGAGACAUUUAAGCCGAAUGGCUUUCAGAGAAACUUGUUUCAUUUAUGGAUAAAGUUUUGGUACAUUUGUUGUGAAAAUGCACAUCCGUUUACUACAGACAUUACUGUAUAUUAUAAGAAACUGUUCUUUAUGCCUUUAUUUCCUUCUAUAUAUCUUGAGAGUUGUUAAGAAUGGUUGUGUACAAACAUUUAUUUGUAUGUCACUCUUGUUUUGUUUAGGAAAUAAACCAUGUAAAAUCCCCAA